GGAUGGCUUCGGUGGAGCGGGAGACGCUGUCCCAAGAUGAGCUCCGGAAAAGGCUCUAUCAGACCUUUAAGAACCGAGGCGUGCUGGACACGCUUAAGACGCAGCUCCGAAACCAGCUAAUCCAUGAACUAAUGCACCCAAUUUUAAGUGGAGAACUUCAGCCACAGGUUGUUCCAAGUGAUGAUAGUUCACUUUUGAUCACAGCUUCCAACAGUUUGGUGGCAGAUCAUCUACAGAGAUGUGGCUAUGAGUAUUCACUUUCUGUUUUCUUUCCAGAAAGUGGAUUAGAGAAGAAGAAGCUGUGGACUGUGCAAGAUCUUCUUCAAUUAAUGAGAAUCAAUCCAAAAUCCAGUCUUUACAAAUCACUGACUUCGGGAACUCGGAAGGAGAAUAAAGGUUUUCUUAUGCAGAUUUUAAUCGGACUAACAGAGCAUCAUCUAAGUAGGGAAACUCAUGACACAGAGACUCAGACAACCUCAGUGCCUCCUUACAGAGAAUCGCUUGCUGAGAAGCUUCAGCUGAUUGAUGAACAGUUUGCAGACUCUUAUCCCCAGCAUCAGAAAUACGAAUCUUUAGAAGUAAAACUUCAUGAAUAUAGAAAAGAAAUAGAGAAGCAGCUUCAAGCAGAAAUGUGUCAAAAGCUAGAACAUUUUAAAGAAGUUGAAAUAGCAAAGAUUAAAAUGGAGGAGAAAGUGCAGACCCAGAAAGAAAUCUCUGAGCUGCGUCAUGAGUUGGAGAGGACACAUCAGGCAAAGUCUGAAGCCUUGAUUUCUCGUGAAAAGAAUGCUAUUGAGAGGCUUCAAAAGCAACAAGAGAUAGAAGCAAAGGAAGUAUACGCUCAGAGACAAAGUCUACUGAAAGAUAUCGAAGUCGUAAGGACCAGAGAGGCGGAACUGAAGCAAAGAAUUGAGGCAUUUGAAGUCACUCAGAAACUUCAGGAAGAGAAAAAUAAAGCUAUUGAUGAUGCACUUCGACGUCGGGAGGUUGCUGUGAAGAACAUAGAGGAGACAUAUGAUCAAAAGCUUAAGACGGAACUCUUAAAAUAUCAGCUUGAAUUAAAAGAAGAACACAUAGCCAGAACCAAUAAAGUUACUGAAGAUGAGAAAAAAAAUAAAGAGAAAGCUAUGCUUUUGCAUGAAGAAACCAUUGCUGUUAAUUCAAAAAAGGAGGAACUCAAGCAAGCUAUAUCACGCACGAGAGAGCUUGAGCUGGAUUUGGAGUCAGCGAAGGCCCAGGUUCUCUUGGUAAAUAAACAGAAUCAGUUGUUGACAGAAAAACUGAAAGAGGUAUCAGACUAUCCUUUGCUAAAGGAGGAGAAAUUGGAGCUCCAAGUGCAGAAUAAACUACUUAGGCAACAGUUGGAUGAGACUCGCAGUGAGAACCAGCAUCUUCGAGACAAGCUAUCGCAGCCCUCGGCGGAGCACCUGGCCUGCCAAGUGGAGCUGAGGAGAGUGGAACAUUCUAGGAAGCUGGCGCUGGAUGAAUUUGAAAGUCAUAGGCAGAUUUUGGAAAAGCAGCUACAAAGUGAGGUUGAGCGUUGUGCCCAGUUAAAGACCCAACUGUUAGAGUCGGAAGCUACUGUCAGGAAGUUAAAUGUGCAGGUUGAGGAACUGAAACUGCAGGUGAAACAAACACAGGCAGCUCUAGAAAAUGAAGUGUAUCGGAAUCCAAAGCCUUCACUUGUUGAUCGCUCUGUCCUUGACUUCACUGGUGACAGAAUUGUACCUCAUGAUAUUUAUGUGGAUAGCACAUUCCUAAAGAAUCAGGUUAUGACUGAUGUGAUGAAGGUAAACGCUGUGCCAAGAUUUGGCUAUCAGCAGCAGUUACAGCCACGCAGUGCUUCUCCAGAUUCUGACCUAGAGUGUAUGGCACAAACCUGGGCUAGAAUAAAAGAACUAGAAAAAGAGGCAGAGUAUUUGGAAGAAGCCUACAGGAACUACCAACACAGAGUCAUGCAGGAUGCAGCUGCAAGCAGAACGCCAAGAAAGAUGCAGUCUCCUUUACUCCUACAGUGUGCUGUUAGUAGACCUCCCGUGACAACCCAGCAUGAACUUCUAGAGGAUAAUCCCAGCUCCCAGCGCUCCCCCCUGCACAGUCCAAGAGGUGAAAAACACAUCAAAAAAUCUGGGCAGGUUGAGGUCUUUAAAAAUCCCUUAACACCACCGUGCAGAGGAGCGUCUUCUUCAAGACGCCUUUCUUCUACUCCCAUUUCGAAAUUGGAAAGAGAUCUCGGUAACAAGAAAACUUCAGAUGACAUCAGCGGCUCAUACCUUGCCUCUUCACAGCAGAGUGUUGACCAGGUGCUUUCUCCUAUUUCAAAGCCACGUCUACUUUCAUCUUCUGAGUCUGUUUCUUCCUCACCAUCCAGUCGUGGCCAGAAAAUCAGACUUCAUAACGAAAGAACAGAUAAACAAGAUUUCAGUGAUAUCCCCAAACCAGAGAAACUAAUGUAUGAGGACCUUGAAGAAUGCAUUUCUUCUCUUGAAUAUCAGGGGGACAUUCCAGAGCAGUGUGAAAGUGAUGCCUUGCAUCCAUCUGGGGACAUCGUCAAUGGAAACCAUGUCACAGCCACUGUGCCCGCAACAGCCACUUCACUGCAGGACUUAACGGUGCUGGAUCAAAGACAGAUUGAAGAACAGAAUAGAGAAGUUGAGAAAAACUUAGAAGAAAUGAAAGUAAGAGAAGAAAGGAGAGAGAAAGAACAACAGGAAACUUUGGAAAGAGAGCAAACAGAAGUGGAAAAGCUUAACAAAGAGCAGAUCCAAGACUCAAUGAAAAUAGAUGAAGAUGAGGGAGUAAAACCUGAAGACAGUAAUGCUGAUGCUGAAGAUAAUGUAAAGGUUCCUACUCCAAAUCCAUUAGAAAAAUACAUGAGAAUAAUUCAACAGCACAGAGAGGAGGAACUGGCAACCAAGGAUUCAAAAAAAGAAGAAAUAGGAGAAGUAUCACUUACAGAGGGACUUGUAUCUAGUGAAAAGGAUGACAGCACUGCAGGCAUUUCUCAUGGAGACAUGGAUGAAAGCUUCUGGUGAACAACACAACACUCGAUUUACAGUUUGGUGGUUGAUGUCCAGAAUGGGACGGACAGCACUUGUUCCAUUAUGCUGGCCUGGAACAACUACCAAUACUUCACACUAGAAGCACUCGCUGACUUACCGUGCUGACGUGUGCACCUACAGGGCAUCCCUGCCCCGCACAGGAGCAAGUGGAUUGAUACUACGGAACAAAAACGUGUGUAACUUCAGAGAGAGACAUGAAGCAGAGAGAUGCACUAGUAUGGAGUAGCUGAAGGUCUGUUUUCAAAUAAGCGUACACAAGUGGUGUCUAUUAUCUACAAAUAUUUAUUUUAACACUUGGAUGUAACUACAGGAAGCCCUUGGCACUGAUAGAAAAUAUUGAUUCACUGUUAGGUUACAAAAAUUUAUACAUAGCAAAAUUUAAUGCUCUUUACAUAAAAAUAUUAGACUACUUAAACAAAACUUCAAAAACUCCCAGUAAUAGCUACACUGAAUUAGAAAAGAAUUAGGCUUUAAGACACUGCCUCCAUUAUUACCCUUAUGCAAACACUGGGCUAGAACAUCACCUGCAUUGCUGUAGAAAUGUCUCCUUCAUGCAACAGGUAGGAACAUACACUAGGCUAUUUUGUCAUAUUUGCUCUACAUUGAUCAACUUUGCCCCUUUUUUGAAACUGUCAAAUUAGACUCCAAUAUUUAACAAAAAAAUUAUAUUUGAAAUUAAUACCCCCCAAAAUGCCUUUUCUCUUAAUACUGACUUGAAGAAAUUUGUGCUUCCUUUGAUUUAUAUUCAGCAAACAGUCAAAACUAUCAAACCACACGUCAGCUUAACAUGGGUAUGACUUAAAUAUUUAAUUUUUUUAAAUGACUGAUGCAUUUUACUUUCCCCCCCCAACAUUUAUUUAUAUAUAUAUAUAUCAUAUAGAACAAACACCAAAUAUACCAUCACUAAUACUCAAGAUAUCACUGAAUGCUUCUGAAAAAAACAUUAAUUAGAAGGCAGACUUCUAUGGGAAAUGACUUUUAAAAUGGCACCAGUUUGUUGUUGUUUUUUUCUGAACACCACGUUUUCUUCAUGUGCUAAUUAAUUUGUAAAAAGGAAUACACAUAAGCACUGACUAUAAAUUUGCUAAGCACCAAGAUAGAGAAAGGUGGACAUCCUGUAUUCUGUUUUAUGGCUGUAAUUUUUAUUGUUUGUGUAAAACUCUGCAAACUUUCUCAUCCGCUCAUUUGGAAUAGUCAGAUCAGUGUCAUUUUAAUAAGGUAACACUUUUCACUUACUUAAAAUGUAGGAUAAUGGUCUCCUGCCACUAUAUAAAUGCUAAGACAUUUAUAGAAAAUAAAUAUUAAGGCAAAGCUGACAUUUAUUUUCAAAGAAGGGGAUCAUUAUCCAGAUCCAGGGAUCUACAUUCCAUUAAAUAGUUAAUAAAAAGAUUAAAACUCAGGACUUCUGCUCAGCACUCAGGUAAGCACAGGAGUGUGACUGCUUCAUCAUAAAAAAGUGUGGCACAAAAGCAGAGUGCUGUUCCUGUGGCCCGUGUAAAUAGUGUUCAAAGACAGCCCCGUUGCAACUUCAAACUGCUGCAACUGUGCUGUCACGUAAGCACGAGCUGUCAGAAAUCCGGCCACAGUUUCAUUGGUAUAUAAACGGAGAUACUAAAUCACGUGCAGAGAUCUACUGCCUGCUGGUUUGGAGCACCUGCCACGGUUUUGUGCAGGACGUCAUGCUGUAGAACAUGUCAAAUACUAAAUACCAAAAGUCUCAAAG